AUGGACAUAGGCGCAGAGUUUGACCUCCCCAAAACCUUCGAAAAUACUUUGCAUGAACAGAUUCGAAAACUCAUCGAAGGCUUGCCAAAGGAUUUGCAGACGUCAAGUGGCUCUGCCAGCACCAAAGGGCUCUCCAGUGAGCUUUGCGACCUGCACCAGGUCCUGAAUUAUGAUCUGGUUCAUGGUAUCUCGCGACUCGUUCGCCGUGAGAUCACAUCGCACUUUCGCCAACUUGAUGCAUACCCGCAGCUAGUUGAGCCUGUCGAAGAGACUAUUCUUCAACGUCUUCGAGCUCUAAGGGCUUACUGGUCCAAGCCAAGCGAAGACAACGUCGCCACUGCAGAUGCCCAGUCAUCCCAGUUCAAUAAGUGCCCGGCUUGCAUACUAGCCACAAUUGCUGGGAACAAAGAUAUUUUAUGCAACCUCCGCGUCGUGGUGCACUCUCGAACACAAACGCGCCGAAACCAACAUCCUCGGAAGCUGACCCUCUUCAUCAACCACUGUAUCAAUCGUUUUAGCCCCGCUGAAGCAGACGAUGUGCGUCGCACAUCGAAUCAGCUUGCCCUGGGGAUGAAGCGAGCCCGCAAGGCUUGUGUCAAGGCAUACCUUCGUGACUGCCAGAUUGAUCCAAGCGCCACAUCCCGAAUGAAGCGGCAUCGCCGGCGCCGGCGCCGGCGCCAUUGUCAUCAGAGCCACGACUCCAGAAAAAGAGGUACUUCGCCCUAUAUCCGUACCCGUCCUGGGGACGAAAGAAGAAAAGAGCUGGACUGA